AAGCAGCUUCACGGUUUAUAAAGGUUUACCCAGAUUGGAUGGAAGGCUGAGAGCCAUGGCUGCUCUGUGGAUUCCCGCCUUGGUGAUGUUUGCUGCAGGUGUUUGCAGCAGUCUGUCAUCAGAUUGCACAUAUUAUGGUCUGCUGGAACACUUGAACCUGACGACAUCAAAUGCGGCUCUAGAAAUAAUGCGGCCAGUGAAAAACUGGAGAAACACCACCGUGGUUUCCCUGGACAUGGUGCUGUACGGCAUUUUAGGGAUUGUAAGCGUCCAACUCUUUCAGUGUUAUCUUUUCUUUCUGAUAGAAAAACAUUUUUACACACCGGUUUGCUACGUCAGUAAGUUUGGCAUCUCUCGUGUCGUUUUCAGCACCUCCGAUAGCGGCAGCAUCCAUGAAGAUCCUUGGGUCGUCCUGCAACAGAAUGGUGAAAUCAAUUCAUUCGCCCGCCAGAGGGUGACCUUCACCUGCAUCUUAAACCUCCACAAGUUCCCUUUCGAUAAGCAGAAUUGCAACAUCACCUUUCUAUCCAUGAACGCUGACGUGAAAACCUUGCUUCUCAGAUCAAGCAACAAUGGCUCCUCCACGUUGAUGCGGUCUGGCCAGUUUAUGGCCACUCAAGGGGAGUGGGGUCUGAAAAACAUUGACAUUAUUCAUGAUCACUUGGUCGGUGGAGAGAAAAAUUCCAGCUUGCUUGUUUACACUGUGCUGCUUGAGAGAAAACCUUUUCUUUACAUCAUAAACUUCGUCGUCCCCCUGGUGUACCUGCUGGUCCUGGAUUUGGCUUCCUUCUUCAUUUCUGUGGAUUCAGGGGAAAAGUUUGGCUUUAAGGUGACAGUGCUGCUGUCCGUCUCCGUCUUACUGCUGAUUCUACAGGACAUUUUGCCGUCCACAGAAGACGACCUUCCGAUGAUUGCCAACCUCUGCGUCGGUGUGUUUACCUUGGUAUGGCUCAGUGUGCUGGAGUCCAUGCUGGUGAGCUUCUUAUAUAACCUGGAUCGUUGUUGCCAAGAAAAAAAUAAGAGCUCCAUCGUGGGGAAGGUUCUCAAGAAGAAGGCGACCAAAGGUCAAAAAGAGGGCGACUCAGAGAACGGAGAAGUCAAACCAGAGCAAGGCGCUCUCCCUCUGGGUCAACUCGGCCAUGCCGAUCUGCUGAAACAGGUCCUGGAGGAAUUGAAGGCGGCUCAACAGGAAGCUGGAGGUCAGAGGUCGCCUGGAUUCUACACCAGAGUGGCUAUAAUAAUCGACACCUUGUUCUUUGUAGGAUAUAUUUUGGCUUUUGCAGCCUUUGUGAUUUAUAUAUGUGUUGGAUGGGUUGACAUUUGAAUUGUUUUUGUCUGGAUUUCUUAGCCAAGCUUUUCUGCUUCCAAUCCACCAAAGGAUGUUUCUAAACUUUGGUCUUUCUUUAAAAAUGUGUCUUAAUAGAAAAAUAGUUUUUUGCUACAUUUAAAUGAAAUGUUUUCUUCUCUUUAUAAAUGACUGUGACACUGACUGUGGCUCAGUGACCUGCGUCAGGAAGGUUGAAGGUUUGAUUCCACCGUCACCUCAUCAUUUGUAAAAAAAACAACUAAACAUCAAGUUAUCCACAGAUAUGCUCCACAGAGCAUCAGUGUGUUGGACUUAUUGAAAUUGGGUUUAAUGCAGGGGGGGUAAUUUACCAUU